AUGUCGUCCUACGGCGCUGUAUUGCCCACCGCGGCACGCAGCAUCCUCUCAUCAUGCCGUUCAGCAUUACGGGAGAAGUCAAUUGCCCCAGCUUUCUCCGUUUAUCAGCAGGUCCGAGGUGCGAAGAACAACCCGCAAGCCAAGGGCAAGGGGAAGAAGGAAACCAAGCCGGACCGGAGAGGCCCUCGUGAAUUCCGACAAAAGAACUUGAAGGAUAUGGAGCAGUACACACUUUGUGAUGCGAUGCGCUACCUCCGGGCAGUUGAAGUCGGCCGCGAGCCCACAGCAUCGAAAUACGAAGUACACAUUCGCCUGCGCACAAGGCGGGAUGGCCCCGUUAUCCGAAAUAUGAUCCGAUUCCCCCAUGCCGUCCAAACCGAAUCCCGCAUCUGCGUCAUCUGUCCGCCAGGGUCGAAGCAAGCAAAGGAAGCGCUCGCCGCCGGAGCAGUCCUGGUUGGCGAAGAUGAUGUUUUCGAGGCCGUCAAGGCUGGUAAGAUUGAAUUCGACCGUUGUCUUGCGCACCCCGACAGUCUGCCGGCGUUGAACAAGGCUGCUCUGGGUCGGAUCCUUGGUCCCCGUGGCCUUAUGCCAAGUGUCAAGACUGGUACGGUGGUGGAAGAUGUUGCCUCUCGCGUGGAAAUGCUACGUGGAGGUACCGUUUACAGAGAGCGCGAUGCCGUCAUCCGGCUUCCGAUCGGCCAAUUGGGCUUUUCUCCAGAGCAACUGCGCGACAACCUGCGCACCACCAUUGAGCAGAUCAAAAAGGACGCUUCUGCGCUGAAUGACCGUGUUAACAAAGAAAUCUACGAAGUGGUUCUGAGCUCUACCCACGGCCCCGGAUUCAGUCUGAACGGCGAGUUCAAGACGGACGACUCGCCUGCGACCUCUGCCUUGACUGGCCUGUAA